AGCGUUACUCAGUCACUCUCCCAUAUCCAGGGCUCCUCUCUCCUGUCUCUCUCCACCUCCUCCUCGCUUGUCUCUCUUCAACCACUCCCAUUCCCUUUCUCUCGGUACCGCCAACCACCACCGCCUCCUCAAUCUUCUCCGCCGCGUUUCUCAGCCCCUAUCUCUUCCUCAUUUGUCGCAGACCACCGCCUCUAUCUGCCUCCUUCGUCGCAGACCACCACCUCUCUUUCCUCCGCCGCUGUCUCCCAUUCGCCUCUGCAUCUCUCUCUCUUCGCCUCCGCCGCCGCAGUGCCGACUAACCACCAUCACCGCCGUCCCUUUCGUCUUUCUCUUUCCUUCUGGAUCUAUCGCCGUGAUUCCUCGCCGUCGAGCCGUCGCAGGAGAUUUGUAGAUCGACCUCAGAUCCAUAGAUCUGCAGAAGUGGGAUUUAUUACAUCAGCAAUGUCUCCGAGUACAGUUGCAGAGAGGAAAAGAGAGUUAUUCAAACUGCUGAAAGAUAAAGAAGUCCCAAGGAUUGUUCUGUUUGGGGAAUCUGGAGUUGGAAAAACAUGGACAGCCAGAGAGAUGAGUCUUCUCGCAAAAAAUAAGGGAGUAAUUGACAUUGCUCUCUGGGUAUUUCUCAACAGACAACAUGACAGGGCCUCUCUUUGUGACAGUAUGGCUCAUCAGUUAUCCUUACUUUCCACCACCCGGGAGGCAGAAGUUGAGGAUAAAAAUGAGGAAUCAGAGAACCCCAGAGACUUGCAACAUCAAAUAGAAGCAACAGUCGCAGGAAAGAAGCUGCUUCUAGUUUUGGAUGACGAGGGAAAUAAAAUGAGCGCACAAGAGAUAAUGUCUGAAUUGGAAACACUGUUGAAUGUCAACCUACAAAAUCACAAAAUUCUAAUCACUAAAAGAAUCAAUAGAAUCAAUUCUCAGGAGAUCAUUGGGUCAAAGAUUGAGGUAAAGCCCUUGUCAAAGGACGAGUCAUUGUCCUUAUUGCAAAAACAUGUUAGGACUGGAGUUUACGAGGUUCCAGGCAUUAGAGCUUUAGCUGGAGCUUUAUUCGAAAAGACUGAAAAUUUGACUAAAAAUUUUCCUGCCGCAAUUGUCUUGUUGGCAAAAGCAUUCAAUUAUUUUGCUCAACAAGAUAAUGGGUUGCAGAAGCUGAAACGUUCUCUGGAGGAAGCAUCUGGCAAUGACAUCUACAACAUCACACAUUUACUACGCAGUGGGUAUGAUUUGCUGCCAAACAGUGUUUUAAUUGACUGCUUUUGCAGUGGUAGCCACUUCUUUCGCGAUUGUCGGCGCAUUCAUUAUAAUGAAUUGAUAGCUUAUUGGAUGAUGGAAGGAUAUUUUGGUCAAAUCAAUUGUAUGGAAGAGGCUUAUGAGAGAGGACAUCAAGUUUUGAUGGAGCUUAUAGAUUGUCAGAUUCUGAAAAUAGUGGAGGCUGAUUGUGUUACAAUGGAAGGACUAGCUCUGAAUUUGGAUGAUAUUGUAAUGGAAAGGGCAAUAACGAACUUCGAUGACUGUUACCGUUGUGGUUUUGGGGGCACAGCCAGUCUGGGAUUAGCUAAUGUGUUUGGGUAUGGGAAUUGGCAGGGCCUUGGGAGAAUCACACAGAAGGAUGGUGGGAUGAAAACACUGCAGAGUCGCAAACAAGGUCAGAAAUUCUCUACACUACUGCUUGAUGGGAAUUUUCUGAGCAGGGAAUUUCCUCGUAGUUUCUUUCAGUCCAACCAAGAACUGCAAGUUCUUGCCCUUUUUAACCCUCCAUUGAAGACAUUUUCUCCUUCCUCAUCUAUGAUGCACGAACUUUUCAUACUUGUGCUCAGAGGCUGUUCUUUCAUGGAAAAGAUUGACCAGGUAGAGUUCACCCUAAAAUUUGAAAAAUUAACUGUUCUUGAGAUAUCAGGUCCAAACUCCUUGACGACAAUCCCUGAUGAGUUUUUUAAGCACCUGCCCCAACUUCGGAGCCUCAACCUAUCUGCACUUCAAAUUGAGUCGUUACCCUCAUCUCUUUAUGAACUUAGUGAACUAAGCUGGCUCAUCCUAAGAGACUGUUCUCGCUUGAAAACUCUGAAAAGUUUGAGAAACUUUAAAAACCUCACGGUGCUAGAUCUUUCUGGUGCUACAUCUUUGGAAAAUAUCCAAGACAAAACUUUUUCGCAAAAUGGGAAACUUCAAAUGCUUAAUUUUUCCAAAACAAAGAUUAAAAGCAUACCAUUGAUUAAGAAUCUUAAAUAUCUCACGCAUCUCUUGCUAAGUGGCUGCCCAGAGUUGGUUCGACUGCGCGGCAUUAGUUCAGUAGCAAGUCUCCAAGUUCUUGAUCUUUCAAAUGCUAGCCAAUUUAAUGAGUUCCAUGAUCAAUCGCUUGAAAAUAAUGUAAGCCUUAAGAUUCUUGAUCUAUCAGGAACUAUACUUGAUCAUGGCAAUCCUCGUCAACUCAAUUCAAAAAAUUCCCCUCCGGAAAAAUCUCUAUUAUGCAUAGAGACACUUGGAGUCCUAGAAGUACUUGAUCUUUCAAAAACCCAUAUCCGAACUCUGCCAUCCCUUUCCAAUCAUUUGAACCUUCGUCGACUAUUACUAUCCUCUUGUGCAUACCUGGAGGAGUUGGUAGACUUGAAUCCCCUUAAAAAACUGGAGGUGCUUGAUCUUUCUGGUUGCAUUGCUUUGACAAAACUACCUGAUGGCAUCUUUGACCAGAUGUCUUGCCUAUGGAGACUUGAUCUUUCUGAAACUAAAAUCAAAUAUUUGCCGUCACUUUCAAAUCUUAGCAACCUCCGCCACCUCUUACUGAAAAAAUGCACCGAGCUGCAACCCCCUCUACACCUAAAGUCUCUUUCAAAACUUGAGGAGCUAAAUUUGUGUGGCAUUACCUCUUUGCUAGAGAUUGGAGCUGAUUUGUUGGGAAAUAUGAGUCACCUUCGGAUUCUUGACCUCUCUGAAACCCCACUUCAACAACCACCAUCCAUGUCAAACCUCAAAAACAUUCACCAGCUUUAUCUAAGGGAUUGUUCAAGCUUGGAAGCAGUGCCCGGUUUGGAAGCAUUGACAAAACUGGAAGUCCUGGAUCUUUCUGGAACUGCAGUUGAUCAUCUUCCAUCGCUAGAGAACUUUAGCAACCUCCGGCAGCUUCUGCUUAGAGAUUGUCCUGGCUUACAAGAGUUUCUACAACUAGAAUUGCUUCAUCUACUCCGGGGCACUGUUAAAGAUCUUCCCAAAGGGAUCUCAGAAUUGACUCAUCUUGAGCUCCUUGAUCUGCCGAACAUGAGGAAUACACAGGGAGCUGGCAGCAACAAGUUAAAGGAGCCAAAUCAGUAUGGAUGGGGCAUCUCCAGUUUGCCAGCUGAAACAGUUGGGGACAAGAACAAACCUCCUGUAUCUGUAAGUAGCUCCCAAUUUCUUCAAUUUCUGGAGAACAAUCCACUGUUGCGGAACACAAUCUUCAGGCAAUUCCACAUCUCUGUUCAUCCCAUCGAGGAGCGUGAUAGAAAAGGAGUUGUAUCUUUCUACCGAGAUGAUUUUAUGUUCAGAGAUAUCUACUUCCAAACCAAGCAGUUCUCUAAUUUUGAAGAGCAAGGUUCAUUGGCAAUCCGUGGCUUCCGUCAUUCCCCCAAGGGCAUCAACGAAGUUCUCUCUCAUGCUGAUUGUGUUUUUUUGGUCGAUAAUGCAUUUCAAAGAUGGAUAUCUGAUUUGGGUGCGUCCAACCUCCAGGUACUGAAAGGCUGUUGGAUAGAGAGAUGCAGAGAAAUGGAGUGUGUUUUUCAUGAAGAAGAGGUAGAAGAAAUGGUGAAACUAGAAAGUUUAGAGGUCUUAUGGGUUUCUAAUUCUGUUAAUUUGAAGGGUAUAUACUGUGGGAGCUGGCAAAGUAAGACCUUUCAAAACCUCAAGCAUCUGUAUCUAGACUGUUGUCCGAAGUUGUCGAUUGUCUUCUCGUCUUCCCAGCUGCCAAUAAACCUUCAAGUCCUUCAAAUUAAGUUUUGUGAUGAAUUGGAGGCUGUGUUUGAACAUGCAUCACCCAAGCCUGAGUUGCCACAUUUGAACACAUUGUAUCUGUGGGAACUGCCCAAAUUGAAGAGGAUCGGGUGUGCAUUGCCACCUCCACUAACUCCAAAAGUUUGGGGAUGCCCAAAUCUAGCGGACUUCAAAGAAAAUGUCAAAUUGGCCAGAAGUUCGUAGACUGUGUAUUCCCUACUUUGCUGAGAUUAUUUCCAGUGUAAUCUCGCAAUAAAGUGGAGAGUGCAUUUGGAGGCAGCAUCUUUACGAUCAUACUUCGCCAUAUCACACGCUGUAUCUUCAGGAAUUGCUGAAAUUGGCGAUCUAGUGAGCACUGAAUUGCAGCCACCUCUAAUAUUAGAUCCUAUUCUCCUGGGAAGAAAUUGACUUGAGAAUGGAAAUUAGAAUGCAGAUGAUAAAUACCUUGCAAUAGUGAACAACUCUGACCUUGGUGUGUACAAUAUCUCACUUCAGUGGUGUGGCUGCCACAAGAAGCGACUUUGUGUGUGGAGUGUAGCACACAAGCAUGGGUUUUGGAGCAAACAACAGCUGGAUCACUUCCUAGUCAGAGCUAGCUGGUGGAAAUUAAUUGACCAACUCAAAGCUUUUAUUUUAAUUUUGUCACAAACUCAAAUACUUGGCUGGUCCAUUAGUCAACCCAACUUGAAUCUCGUAUAUGUUGAAUUUUAGUGAGUUUUUAUAUGUAUUUAAAUGUGAGACAAAAGAGGGACCAUUUUUGGGACGAUGAUAAGAUGCCAUACAUAUUUGUAUUAGACAUUUAUAUGUAAGAUGAGUUUGUGUGCC